AUGGGAGACCAGGUGUUCUUGAAAAUCAAGCCGCGCCGUGGGAUCAUCCGAUUUGGCAAGGAAGGGAAAUUAUCAUCUCGCUACAUUGGUUCGUUCGAAAUCUUUGAGCAAAUUAGAGAAGUAGCCUAUCGCCUCGCUUUACAGCCGCAGAUCGCCAAAGUUUCACAACAUUUUUCACGCCUCCAUGCUACGGAAAUAUAUGGCCCAUCCCUACCCACGUGUUCAAUUGGGAGGAAGUCAAACCAGGACGAGGAUACAACUUUUGAAGAACAACCGGUGGAAAUUCAGGAUCAUGGAGAAAAGUUACCCAAGGACGAACAAUCAAAUUAG